AGGACGCAUGCGCCAAACCAAAACCUCUCUCUCUCUCUCACCCACUCUCUUCUUCUUCUUCUUCUUCUUCUUCCUCAUCAGUUCUAUCUCCUCCCUCGUAAUUCGUGCUCGUUUGUCUCAGAGUGAUCAAUGGCGGCAUAAUAGGUAUUGCGUUUCCCGAAUUGUUGAGCUCUUUCGGCUUCUCUCUCGCAUUUCCGACGCUAAACGACGAGACAAAGCGCGUUCCAUAAAGAAACUAGAUAACUGCUCAUGGAUCUGAAUCAUCUGAUAUAUUCUCUGCACAAAUCCAAGCCUCGGAACUAGCUUCCAUUCAGUCCCGCGCUGAAUAACUGCAGAGCAUCCGGAAAUUUCGCCUGCAAAACCGGCUGAUCAGAGUAUAAAGGUCGAAGAACCUCUCUAUUACACUUUGAAAAAAGAAAAUCAAUGGGAAAAUCAACGAGUAGAGACUGGACGCAGAUCUACGCGAUCUACGGAAUGGACCAAUGGCAGACCCUAAUCUUCCUCUUAUGUCAAGCAAUCCUCUUCUCCAUCCUUUCCGUACUCUACCUCCUCUACUUCAACCCCAUAUGCGCCUUCUUUGAGCGAUUGCUCUCAAUAGCCGCCGUGCCCAGCGGCUCCGCCCGAUUCGUCGCCGGCUUCACCGGCUCCGUCACUGCACUGUCCGCCCUCUGCCUCUUCUUCGCCGCUGCCAACUUCUUCUACUCCUCUGUCCCGCUCCACUACGACAUGGCCCAACGGAUUGUUUCCGCUGUCAGCGACUGGUCAUCGGUGAAGCUAGCCCUAGACCUGGGCUGCUGCGGCCGCGGUAUCCUUCUUAACGCUGUCGCGACGCAGCUCAAGAAAGAAGGGAGUUCGGGUCGGGUCGUGGGGCUUGACUGGUCGAAACGGACCACACUAUCAACCUUACGGAGCGCGAAGAUGGAAGGAGUGGGAGAGUACGUGACGUGUAGAGAAGGAGACGCGAGGAGGCUUCCGUUUCCCGAUGACUACUUCGACGUGGUGGUCUCUGGGGUGUUCGUACACACAGUCGGCAAGGAAUACGGUCACCGGAGCGCUGAGGCGGCGGCGGAGAGGAUGAGGGCGGUGGGGGAGGUGGUGAGGGUGAUGAAGCCGGGAGCAGUGGGAGUGGUUUGGGACCUACUUCACGUGCCGGAGUACGUGAGGAGGUUGCAGGAACUGAAGAUGGAGGACAUCAGGGUGUCGGAGCGCGUGACGGCGUUUAUGGUGAGCAGCCACAUCGUCUCCUUCCGGAAGCCUAGUCAGCAAGUCGUUGGGCCACCGGAGGUCCGCCUCGACUGGAGACUCUGAUGACGUGGCAAUACCUACACAUAAAAAGCGAUAUAGGCAUAGAAAAAAAGGGGUUUAUUUACAAGUUACAAUAAUAAAAGUUUUUCUUUUUUUGGGUGUCUGGGGAGGCGAAGUCGAACCAGGGGUUUUAUUGGUAAAAGGCAAUGGGUGAUGAGGAUAUUGUAGUCGUUUGCGAGGAGAUAUCAAAUAUUUAAAGAGGAAGAAAACGGUUACUAUUAUUGUUAUUAUAAUAUGAUUAUCAUCAACCUUAUAGUAGUACUCACUGAUGCCUGAUUUUUGUAUAGAACUGAAAAAUACGCAGAAGCAGGAUAGGAAGAUUAACCUUUAAAUGAAAUUUGUUUGCUGUUUUCUAA